AGCUAACCGUGUUUGUGUUACGGCAUUGCCGAGUCUAACAAAAUAUAUUGCCUAACAUAACCUAGGCAGCUAAUAUCUACCGCCAUGGCACCGUAAACGGAUGGAAAUAGACACGGUUUCAUGCUCGGUAGGUGAACGGAGUCAAUCAACUUUUGGCCGUAGAGCCGAGCCGCUGCGCCCCGAAGCACAGACGGCUGUGUGGAGGCUGGAGGAGCUACAAUGAGCUCGGAGCACCAGAGCAACAGCGAGGACGCUGAUGGCUCGCAGCAGGACAGGCCCAACAGCAGAGAGGAGGACCCUGACAUCGACGACUCAGACGUGGAAGAUGACAUCGCAUCGAGGGUUUCUCCCUCGCCGCCGGGGAGCAGCGGGAACAGGCCGGAGCGCUGCGGGAACAGGCCGGAGCGCAGCGCGAGGUCUCCGGCGUCGGAGGAGCGAGAGCCCCGCUCCGAACCGGCCGCCGUGCCGCAGAUAGGGAGCGGCGAGGUCUCCAGCACCGACAUCCGCAGGGGGAAUAGCCUGUUUUCCUGGCUUCAGAGCAGGACUAUAAGACGAGGGGUGUUUGUGGACCCGGCUAGGGAAAACUUCAGGACAAUGACCAAUUUAUACUGCUCUAUGAAUCCGGCUGCGGAGUCUGUCAACCUGAGCACUCAGACCCAUGGAGCGGUGUUCAACCUGGAGUACUCCCCGGAUGGGUCUGUGCUGACUGUGGCCUGCGAGCAGACUGAGGUCCUGCUGUUUGAUCCCAUCUCAUCCAGACACAUCAAAACCCUGACGGAGGCCCACGAGGACUGCGUCAACAACAUAAGGUUUUUGGACAAUCGUUUGUUUGCCACCUGCUCCGACGACACCACAAUUGCACUAUGGGAUCUCCGUAAGCUGAAUUCAAAGGUUUGCUCGUUGCACGGCCACGCCAGCUGGGUGAAGAACAUCGAGUACGACACCAACACUCGUCUCCUCGUCACGUCUGGCUUCGACGGCAACGUCAUCACGUGGGACACAAACAGGUUUACAGAGGACGGCUGCCCGCACAAAAAGUUCUUCCACACCCGUUACCUAAUGAGGAUGCGUCUCACACCCGACUGUUCCAAGAUGCUCAUCUCCACUUCUUCAGGGUAUCUGCUCAUCCUUCACGACCUGGACCUCACCCAGUCCCUGGAGGUGGGCAGCUACCGCAUGCUGCGAGCGCGACGGACACCCCUCAGCUCAGAUGGAGGCACGUCAGCGUCCAGGUCAGCUGGAACUCCUCGCCAGGGAAACGACUCCAGCAAGAUCCACCCUCCUAGAGAAGGUCUUUCUCCCAGGAACAGCCUGGAGGUUUUGACUCCAGAGAUCCCCGGAGAGAGGGACCGAGGGAACUGCAUCACCUCCCUGCAGCUCCAUCCCAAAGGCUGGGCCACGCUCAUCCGCUGCUCCAGCAACAUGGACGACCAGGAGUGGACGUGUGUGUAUGAGUUCCAGGAGGGCGCGCCCACCCGCCCGCUGGUCUCACCCCGCUGUUCCCUCCGCCUCACCCACUACAUCGAGGAGGCCAACGUUGGCCGGGGCUACAUCAAGGAGUUGUGUUUCAGCCCGGACGGACGACUCAUCUGCUCCCCGUACGGCUACGGCGUCCGCCUGCUGGCCUUCGACGAGAACUGCGGCGAGCUGGUGGACUGCAUGCCCGUCCAGACCAGCUGCCUCAGGGAGAUCCGCUCCAUCUACUCGCACAGCGACGUGGUGCUCACCACCAAGUUCUCCCCGACGCACUGCCAGCUGGCCUCGGGCUGCCUCAGUGGACGCGUCGCCCUUUACCAGCCCAAGUUUUAGCAACUGGUGCUGUCAAAGAACAAUGCAUCGCAGACCUGGGUAAAGAAGUGCUAAUCAGGGUUCCUGCACAGAUCUAGGAAUAUGAAAAAUAAGAAUGUCCCAGCUACUGUUUGUACAACUACAUAUUUUCAAUGAUUUAUAACUCCUAGCCUAUUAUAGCUACACAGUAAGAUGGCCUACUUGGUAUCCUUUGGUAUAAAUGAUGUCAAAACCAUUGGAGGCAAAUUCAGUGUUUUAAAAAAAUCUGAAUUUUUAGGAACCCUGAAUAACAUUUCCAAGCAUUUGUUUUAAAGUGCUCAAAUGGACCAGGUGGGUGGGCUUUUUCUGCAUGCAGAUAUUUCAAAUAGUCGGACAUGCAGUAUAAAUGGAAUCUUGUGAUUUCUCUUAACCCUCUGCCAGACAAUCCGUAUGGGAAAACUCCACCCAUCUGGUACCUAAAAAGGGAUAAACCUUAAAAACACAUUUAAAGUAUUUCUAAACCCAGGUCUGUAGCUGUGAAGCAGACUGAGUUUGUUUGGGUGGGGACUGGGAAAAAAAAGAAAAAAGAAAAUUUUAAGAAGAAGUCUUCAGCCUUGACCAGGCUGCAGUAGUGGAUUGUAACCUUAAGCCUCUCAAACCCUGAACUUCAAAAACAAAAAAAGACUCUCAUCCAGACUGAGGAGCGGCUUAAAAAUUCCAAACCUUGAAGCUCAAUAGAUGCCUCAGUGGAAAAACAAAACUGUGGCUCUUUUUCAUACUAAAGAUUAAUUUUAGUCUCUAAAUCAGUAGAAAACGUUGACUCAUUUUGAGACCGCACAUCCAGAUGUUAGCCGUCUCGGGACAAAAACACUAAGGAUGCAAACAAGCAAGCAAACGGGACAGAUUUUAAUCCGACGAGAACCAGGCGCUCGUGUCUGUCGUCUGCGCUGUCGGCGAUCGUUUUGACUGGGCUUCCUCAGCUGCUCCGCUCUGCUCAUGCCUUCUUCACAGGUGCUGCUUCUCUGCUCAUACAAUCUGAACUUUGACCUCCGACUUCAAGGACCUCAUUAUUAACGCCUUUACUCGCCUGUUUCUCUUUGAUUUCCUUCAUGGUUUUUAGUGGUGUAGGUUUUUAGCGGUUUUAUUGGUGUAUUAAUGUCGGCACUACUCGUUCACGGUGUUUGAUUCACUUGAUUCUAUGCGAUUCCCUUUUUUUUGCCAGCGUUAAGCACUAGCUACUUUGGAAUCCCUUCUCAUUUCCCUUCACAGUACGUGUGUUUUUAUCCUAAGCCUGUGAAUGGAAACUCCAUGCUGUCGGGACGAAUAGAAAAGUCCAGCCACUUUCUGUGCAAACCGCUUUUGCAAGAUUUUCAUAUUUUACAAAGGAAAUACUAUUUACAAUUACAUAUUUCGUCCUCAAAAGAUACGGCUGGCAUUAUUCUGUAUUUUUUUUGGCAUGGAGCACAGUAGUCUGUAUGUCUGUAAUUUCAGCUGACCACUGUAGUUUUAGCAAACAUUACUUAAACAGAAGCAAAUGGUGAAGUUGUUGAGGUCUACUUUAAGCUGUGGAGUAAUACACAAUUAGUGUUCGAGUGAGUUUUCACGGCAACAGGAUGGUGUAUAUGGAAUGAUACAAAAACUGCAGCGCCCUUGUUUAUUAUAAAAAAUGAACAUGUCAGCCAGUGCAACUGUGCAGCUCACUGAUGUGUUUUUAGUGUUUGACAAACAAUGGAGCUCUCUGGCACAUUGGAAUGAAUGAGAAAUCAAUAUUUAGCCACACAGACAAUACUUAUUAUUAUAGAAUCAAUUCAUAGCUGGUUUUGGUGUUUUCAUGGGUGUUAUUGACACUAAGAACAAUAUAGAAUAUUGCCAGCCUCGUCCUUUAAUUUAACAGCUUGUUGACUUUUCAGCCAACAAUUCUUGGCAGAAGAAGUUGCCUCAGCAUCGUUCGUUUUAACCUUUCUAGGAUGAAAUUGUUGCCAAGAAACAUUGGACUGGUUUUUUGACCUUGUACCUCAUUUUGUUGUUUUUUGAAGAACAUGUUGAUCCACAUCAGUGUUUGAUUUUUCUUUCCCCCAUUGCAUUACAUCCAGUUUCUCACUUUUACAAUGUUGUCAUAAAGGUGACCCAUUUGUUUUCUUCUCGAAGGACCGAAUGGAUUGCUUAGACUGUUCUAGAAUUGGCAAUGCUUCUGUGUUUUCAACCAGUGUGAUAGCUGCUGUAGGAGCCAAGCAAACAAGUGGAUGUCACUCCUUAACUGGUUACAGUGCAUACUGACUGACUGCAGAAUAGAUAUUACGUGUAAAAAAAAAAACUAAAUAAAAAAAAAAAGACAGACAUUAGCGUAUACUACUAUGCAUACCAGCCUUUAUGAAGAUUGUCCUUUCUUAUUUAUGCCAGGGUGAUGCCCUGUGUGCAGCUGUCAGAUGCCAAAAUAAUGUUUUGCUUGGACAAGGCAGUGCUUCUCCUCUGUAGAGUAACAUUAAUUGUGAGCUGAAAACUAAAGGGGGAAAAUCUGCUAUUAUCUAUUUUAAAAACAAUCUUUACAUGUGGCAAAAGCCUAAUUUGCUAAAGAAUGGUUUGACAUACAAAUAUGCUUAUUCACUUUCCUGCAAAAAGUUAGUUGAGCGGAUUGAUACUUGUCUCAUUGUUGUCAGUUAGCUAGGUAAAUAUGAAGCUACAGCUAGCAGCCGCUUACCUUAGCUUAGCACAGAGACUGCAAACCGUACAAACUGCUGGCCAACGGCCCAAAAAGUUGCCCACCAGUACCUCUUAAGAUCACUAAUUAACAAAUUAUAUUUCGUUUCUUUAAUGAGUAUAAAACAGAAGUGUAAAACCCCAAAUGUGCUGUUUUACGUGGGUUAUUGACCAGACCAUUAAUUGGCAUGGACCACAACUCACUGGAGUCUGCGCUGGUUGCCUGGCAACUAAACCAAGAACUAGCUAGCUAGCUAGCUAGCUAGUCCGCGAACGGCGAUUUGUCGUUUUUACAUUUCAUUUUUUUUUGUACGGAUGAAACCAUAGACUGUAAAAUAAUGAACAUGAAACAAACGAGACAUAAUGUUUUAAUAAGCAACCUUUACAGGUGCUAGCAGUUGGGAUUUGUUGCCGCGAACGCGGCUAGCUGUUUCCCACUGUUUCAACUUAGCUAGCUAGCUAGCGCUCUUGUAGCUUCUCAUCUAACUCGGCGCCAGAAAGGGUAAGCAAACAUUUGAAAACAAAAAUUACGUGUUGAGAAAUUAGAUUUGAGGUGAAAAUAUGUCCGAACACAGAGAUGUAACUAAUUUUGUAAUUCCCCACUCACAACUUAGCUAGUCCUGUUCGUAAUGAGGAAACAUGAUUUUUGACACUUUGUACCUCAGUAAAACGGCUCAAAAUGUUUAUUUCAGUAUAACAAAUGGACAGGUCCAUUUCACUUCCAGUUCAGUCAAUUCAGGAACUCUCCCCCCCUGAACAAAUUAUUUCCCAAUUUACAGACAUUAAGUAAAAACUCUAGAAUGAUUUCAAUUUAAAUUUAUAUAUUAAAUUGACUGAGCUAAAUGUUAAAGGACCGGCCAUGCUGUAUAGUCAGUGCUGCUUUUAUUUCACUUAUUCACAAGCUCUUCGGAGAGAAGUGUCUUAUCAGCCGGGUAUAGCAACUCAAAACCGAGUUCAUUUUUAUGACUUUGCUCUUUUUUAUUGUUUUUCAGUCCUGUUCUGGGUUUUAACCUGUAUUCUGUUGUGGAUUAAUUAUUGAAUGUUCUCAAUAGUUCUGGUGUUGUUACCUGUGCACUGUCACCUCAACUGACCACAGCUGGAGGAAAGGGUGGACAAGAGACGAAAGACUUGUUAAAUUGCUCGCACUGUUGUUUCCUUAAUGGCUAUACACAGCAAGUAAUCCCAACAAGAUACUAAAAUGGUACUUAUUGUCACUGAAAUAAAAAGGUUGGCUUCUUUUGCACUGCUUACUGUUA